AUCGCACGGCAAGAGAUAUCUAAGAGCAUACAGACUGGGCCCAGCCUCUACAACCCUGUGCACUGUACGCCAGCCGUUGUGGUGAACUGUGUUGCGCGCUCCAUAAAUAUGGCCGCCAGGCUUCCGACUCCUUGCAAGUUUGGCUGCAGCGUGACUCAUACCUUUCCCAUCGCCUCUCGUCAGUCGCCCAUCUGGUGCCAAGUCGGUUGAAAGUCCAAAGCCGAGUUGUGUCCUCGUUCAAAAAGCAGAGCCUAGACUUCAUCGACACUGUGCCAUGCUUCUUGCUCGCCGUCAUUCACAUCAGCGCCUUCCGCGGUGUCAAGAUGUGCAUUCCAAGCGCUCUGGCAAUUCCUGUCAGUGGCACCGACGUUGCUGAUAUUGAUCAUCACCAGCUUAACGUAUCCGUGGGAGACUUCACAUCUGCUCUGGCUAUGGAUCAUUUUUCCACAAGAUGGUGGUCUCGAUCAAGAGUUACAACCGGCCUCGAAACACUUUCGACAGUGACAAUUUCCGAACGGCAUCAGUGCUACGGAGCGGACUAAAUAUCGUAAACGCCAACCUCUCAUAGAACUGAGGCUCGCCAUGCGGCGGAUUGCUAAACAUCUCUGCCGGCUCUGUUGAAGUAAUGACCAAAGUUCACUCACUUCUCUACUCCCUGUCUUUGUCUUCGUGGCGCCGUCCACUCGCUGUCCCUCGGUGUGGCGAGCUCCUGCCGAAACUCCGGUCGCUCUGCUCAACGACUAAGAGGACGCCAAUGGAAAACCGACUUUGCGCAGCGCACUACCUUCGAGAUGGAGAAGGAACGACCGUACCGAGUAGCGCGAAAGGACAUCCAGGAUAUUAUGCUCCCAAGCCGAUGGAAGGAAUACCAAGAUGUCCCCGCGCACAUGUACACCCGUGUACAUGGAAUCUUCUCUCGCUCAGCCUUCGCCACACGAUCCCCUGCCCAUACAGCAAUGCGAAAAUGGGAAAAGGAGGUCGCAGCACAAUCAUUUUCGUCGUAAUUAGCGACCUGCCCACACCAGUCCGGCAAUGCGCAAAGGCAUUCCCCGCCACUCACGGUAUCCGCGCCACUCGGGACGACCUCGAAGACCCGAUAGCGCUACUUCGGCAGGCAGCCUUCCCCCGAAUUUGCGGACGGUGGUGCGCGAGCGGAAAGGCCAACCGGACAUUUCGCAUUGCCACCGACAACACCCUCAUCACCAGCACCAGGAAGGCCUUCACCGCGGAAUUUGUCACCAGGUGUACUAUUGUUAGACAUCGACAGGGCCCGCUUCCGCUGUCAGUUGGUCGGUGCGCCCGAAGGAUCGCCAAAGGUCAUUAUCGUCCAUAUUGCACCAAACACUUCCCUGACGGUUCGAACAGCCGAAACCUUGAGAGUGCGGAACCAGGACGUUGCUGCCCAGAAAGUGGAGUUUCCAAACGCUGUCCGCGAAUUGGAGGUAAACAAAGUGCAAGGCCGCCUUCGAAUCAUUACCCGGAGCAAUAUCUGGGAGGGCAUUAAGUCGGCAGAG